UGAAUAUCCAACGAGCCCGCAGUCUAAUAAGGCAAAAAAGUAACCUCUCUCCGAAGGCCCAUACCCUUAAACCCCGAAAGCAAAUGCAAAACCCUCACUAGAAGAAACCAGGCACCAAAACAACAACCGAAAAGGAAAAAUAUGGCCAAUCGGUGGCGCUCAGCCGGCGGCAACCUCCGCGCGGUUCUGCAACACCCUAGCUCGCGGCAACAAGCUCCAUUUCAAUCCUUUUCGGCUCUGUAUCACACGAUCCAAGCCAUCCCGAGGGAGUGCACAGGGAACAGAGUCUCCGUCAAAGACCGAGCCCAGGGUCGAAUUCCAGCUGUCGUGUUCUCGCAGGAGCUAAACCCUAGCACCACCACCGUUCGAUCGGUCUCCAAAAAGCACUUGUUGACCACCGAGAGGAAGCAGAUUCAGGCCAUUCUCAAGUCAGUUGAGCUCCCGUUUUUCUGCUCCACUAGGUUCCCGCUCCAGAUCCGAGCUGGGUCCGGGUCAUCGGAUCUUCUUGAAUCCGGAAACGUCCUACCCAUCAAGAUUCAUAGGGACGAAGAGAGUGGGAAGAUACUGAACUUGGUGUUUGUUUGGGCGGAUGAGGGCUCGCAGCUGAAAGUGGAUGUCCCUGUUGUUUUCAAAGGUGAAGAUGUAUGCCCUGGUCUCAAAAAAGGUGGCCAUCUGAACAAAAUUAGAACUACUCUAAAGUACCUUUGCCCAGCUGAACACAUUCCUCACAAAAUUGAGGUGGAUAUCAGCAAGUUAGAUAUAGGUGAUAGGGUGUUCAUCCCUGAUGUUGAGGUUCAUCCAUCCAUGAAGCUUCUAAGUAAGAACGAAACCAUGCCCAUAUGUAAGAUAGUCGCAACAAAGUUGGAGAACCCAGAAUCUGCAGGAGUAUAGGCACUGAUGCACAAUUUUACGACUUUCCUGCAUUUGGUAGCUUGAAUCACGAGGAGAAGAAAGAAGUUCAAUAAGUCUUGAUUUUUCCUAAGGCUACUGAUUGAGCUGGUGGUAUGUGCCGUGUGAUUCCCAAGUUGAAAAAAAAUUGUCAUUGUUGUUUAGAUCAUAAUCAGACAAGCUGAAUUUUCUUGUAGCACUCUGAAUAGAAUCAGUGUUUGUUAUAUCAUGUGCUGUUAUCAUCU